CAGAAGAUAUUUAUAAACUCAAGAAAGCUUAGAGGUUCUCUAAGAGGAUGCACGUUGUAGUAAAAACCCUCUGACUUCAGAGCUUUGUGCAGGAAAACGUUUCAACAAGCGCGCAGCAGCACGCUGUGCCAAACGGAGCGCGCACAGAGCGCGCAGGCAGGAGAGGGGAGGAACAACUCCUCGGUGCGCCACCUCUCCAAUCGGGCAGCUUUUAAUAUUUUCUCCUGAACACCUGUCUAGCUGAGAAAACCCAGACUUCUCUUGGAGACAUAUCACCCAAUUUGUCGCGAUGGAGUUCCCAACUCUCUCCCCGGAGGACUUCUCGGUGUCUGCGACCCCUUUCAACGCAUCCUUCUGGGAGGAUCCGCUGCUGCUCCAGCCUCCAGAAGGGAACGGAACCAGCGGGGCUGCAGCCAGGAACACGGCGGGUCUAGUCAUCGCUGUCGGCAUCACGGCGCUCUACUCUCUCACCUGUGUGGUGGGGCUGCUGGGGAAUCUGCUGGUGAUGUAUGGAGUGGUCCGGUACACAAAGAUGAAAACGGCCACCAACAUUUACAUUUUCAACCUGGCCCUGGCCGACGCCCUGGCAACCAGCACCCUCCCCUUCCAGAGCGCCAAGUACAUGAUGAGCACAUGGCCCUUUGGGGAGCUGCUGUGCAAAGUGGUCAUCGCCAUCGACUACUACAACAUGUUCACCAGCAUCUUCACCCUCACCAUGAUGAGCGUGGACCGCUACGUCGCGGUGUGUCAUCCCGUGAAGGCCCUGGACUUCCGCACGCCUGCUAAGGCCAAGAUCAUCAACGUUUGCAUCUGGAUCCUCUCCUCUGCUGUCGGCGUGCCGGUGAUGAUCAUGGCUGUUACCAAGGUGACAGAUAAAGGAAGCACGGCCUGCACUCUCAGAUUUCCUUCACCGGAACGGUACUGGGACACGGUGACAAAGAUUUGUGUCUUCAUCUUUGCCUUUGUGGUGCCCGUCCUCGUCAUCACCAUCUGCUACGGCCUGAUGAUCCUUCGUCUGCAGAACGUUCGACUCCUGUCCGGCUCCAAGGAGAAGGACAGGAACCUACGGAGGAUCACCCGCAUGGUCCUGGUGGUGGUUGCCGCUUUCAUCUUCUGCUGGACCCCCAUUCACAUCUUCAUCAUCGUCAAGACGAUGGUGGCAAUUGACCACAAGAACCUGCUGGUGAUGGCCUGCUGGCAUCUGUGCAUCGCUCUGGGCUACAUCAACAGCAGCCUGAACCCUGUGCUCUACGCAUUUCUGGAUGAAAACUUCAAGAGGUGCUUCAGGGAUUUCUGCCUGCCUCAUCGCUCCCGCUUGGAGCAGAGCAGCUUCUCCAGAGCGCGCAACAGCGCAAGAGAGCUAAGGACUGUUUAUGCACCUGCAGCAGCGCAGAGAGCGCCUGGCUGAUUAGUCAUCAAGGAUCAGUCAGAAGAGAGGAGAUGGAUGACACUCAGUUCUCCACCAGGUGUUGGAGACCUCCUGAGCUCUCUGCUGAGCCGAGGGUUCGCUGCUUUUCUCUGUAAAUCUCUGUGAAAUAAGACCAAAAUGUGAAUGUAAAAAUUAUUUAAUAUCCUCAGAAUAUUAGAAAUUAUUGGAUGUUUUCAGCUCGAUGACACACCAUCACUGCCUUCAUGGACUGAACAGAUGUGGCUUUUCUUUGGAACAUGAUAUAACCUCUAAACGAGCAGUUAUUCUCCCAGAUGUACCAGAGAUGAAAGGAAAUGUACUUCUGGGGUGAUGUCUGGGCAGCGGGGAUGCUUUUUUGUACCGAACAUGAAAUAAAUCUCACUGUUUUAUUGAACAAGUAUCUAUAAAAGUAUAUAUGUGUUAUAACAUGUCACAAUGAUGGGUCUCUAAUGACACUUUAGAUGUGAUGUGAUUUGGCUGAAGUACAACAGGUUUAAUCAAAUGAUUCUUAUUAUUAUUGUUAUUAUUAUUAUUAUUAGUGCUGUAAACAUUCUAAAUUUUGAGGAAAAAUUCAGUUUCAUGUGUCUUUCUAUGUUUUAUAUAUCUUUGCUUAAAUGUUUGUCUGAAAACAGAAACCAUAACGCCUUCAUUCACUUUGAUCUUUAGCUGUGUUUGUCUCUGUAAAGAAACAAAGUGAUGAGUAGAAAGCAUUCUACACCGAGUACCAUAUAGCACAAAAUAUAUCAACAGCUUCAAUCUUUGAUUUAUUGAACUCUAAUAAAUAUUUUUGUGCUUUUAUUUUGAAAUCUUAAUGAAUAACACUGACUUCAUUCCUGGGCCUGCUCGUGUAGAAACGAUGAUGCGAGCAACAUCCGGGGAGAUACCAGAAGUAAGGUUUUGUUCCUCGUAGCAGAUUAUUUGAACAUUUCAGGAGGAUUUUAAAAACCAUUUCCCCCAAAAACAUCCUUCAUCACAUCCUAAAUCAGCUAUUGCAAAUCCUUCAUGUUACUUAUUUUCAUUUGCAGUCAAUAAGAUAUUAUAUGCACAUGAAAUGCUAACUGUUACCAUUCACUUACAUUGUUGAUGCUAAGCUAAAGCCAACAGAAUACUGUCAGAUUAAGCAAAUUAUAAAAUGCUUUCUCCCACUUAUUUAACUCUGGAGAAUACAGCAAAAGACUGAAUUUCACUUAGUGGUGGAAUAUUCUCUUGAGGUUUGAUUCAACACUACAUCUGCUUUUAAGUAAAUAAGAUUUUGUCUCACCUCUUUCAACAAAACACCAACCUUAUUGCUGUAGGCACUGAUAAGCCUCGGAGCUUUGAGGAUUGUUCAUUGCCUCACUGUCGGACGCAACAGAGUUAAGAAAGUAGCUAACAUGCUACAUUAGCUUUGGUCAGGUUUUCAUUUCCUCCUAACGCCUCUUUUUUGCAGCAGGCGGUGUAACGGUGUCCUGUUUGAGUUGGGACAGCUGGUGUUCCCACAUAGUUUACGUCUCUAAAGACCAUCAAAGUGGAUUAGAACAAACAGAUCGCAUCAUCCAUCCAUGACGGGGGUGCCAACUGUGAAGUUUUCCCUUACCCCUGCAUGAGAAAAUGGAGGUGUGGCGUGAGAGCAUGUGUUGGCAGCCCAGUAUGGUCUCCAUGCAAACAAACACUGGACUGGAAGUAGGUAGUAGCUUUUUUCACGCCAAGGAUCUUGGGGGCUAGGGCUAAUGUGGAUGUUCUGGUCUUGUUGUCCUGUUGUUAAAAACUUUAAGCUACUUGGUGUUGAUUUCCGACUGGAGGUCUGUGGCCUGUGGCCGGAGGUCUACUUUUAUUUGUUGAAUGUUAAAGAAUAAAAUAUUGUAAAUACAAAAUGUUCAAUAAAAUAUUCUGGAACUGCGUUAGUGUGUUUGGCUACUAAAUAACCAGAAUGUGUAUUAAUAUAAUGUAAAGGAUGGGUCGUUUACAUCUUACUUAUGAACCAUAAAAUGUGAGAUUCCAUAGAAAUAUGAAAUAUCAAUCUGAUGGAUCUUUGACUAUUUUAACCAGAAGAUCAGAACUUUUUAUUGCAGGGAUUAAGCGACACUUCGUAUUAACUCCAAGGAAAGAGAGAGA